UGGGAGUGAGGAACAUUCUGGGAACCUGGGCCUCCGACUAAACAAACGCGAAUUUGAUCGUUUUAUUCAAUACUUCACGGAGCAGUAAAGUGAAUGUUAUAUUUGAAAAGUAAGAGUUGAGCUCCAGUGCGUUGCUGCUUAUGGCUUGGGCUGUCUGCUGCACCCUGCGUCCACACACCCUGACUGCACUGCGAGGUUGAAGUUUGGCUGGAGCUCCGUCUGUGUCUGCAAACACCAUGGCCAGUGACCCUCCCCCUCCCUACCCUGGGGGACCCAGCGUCCCGAUUGUUGAUGAGAAGAAUGGGCCCAUAACAGCAGGUACCGCCCCUGUGACUUCCGCACCCAUCCAGAGCCAGCCCUUGCCGCCCGACUACGGGCCCCCGCCCUACGAGUCCUCGUUCCACCCCGGCUUUGUGCCCCCCCACGUCCCUGGCGAUGGCGCUGGGCCCAUGCCAGUGCCACCACACCUACACGGUGGCUUCUACCCUCCACCGGGCCACUUCCCCCAGGGCAUGCCGGGCCAGUUCGGGCCGGGCCCCACUCGCUUUGGCCCCGCAGGCAGCCACACGGCCACCGUCAUCGCGCCGCCGGGGGCCGCCACUACCGUCACAGUCCUGCAGGGGGAGAUGUUCCAGUCCAGCCCCGUACAGACGGUGUGUCCCCACUGCCAGCAGGCCAUCGUCACACGCAUCAGCCACGACAUCGGACUCAUGAACUCACUCUUCUGCCUCUUCUGCUUCUUUGUGGGGUGUGAUCUGGGCUGCUGCUUGAUUCCUUGCCUGAUUGACGACUUGAAGGAUGUAACCCACACCUGUCCCUACUGCAACGGCUACAUCUACACAUACAAGCGCAUAUGCUAAUGAUGUGGAGACGCAUUACCCGUUAAAUAAGGUCCACACAACUUCAUCCCAGCGGCUGUGGCAGCCCUGAUGUUAGGCAUUCUAUGUUGUGUUUCUCUGAUAGUCCCUUUUCAUUCAUAGCCAUGUUUCCCAUCACGUCUCAUUGCCAUCAUGUGUUUUAUUUUCUUUUUAUUUUUUUGUUUUGCAGUAUACAUUUUGGUCAUACUGAUCACUGAUGUGUGUGUAAUAACUUCUUAAUUUUUAAUCCUGCUGUUCAGACCUCAGAAUAUUGGACUGAGAAUGAUGGAGUAUAGUCUUAAUUACAUGCAUAGAAAACUUUUGCACAUGAAAAAAAAGAAAUGUUCUUAUCUUCUUUAAGUGGACUACCAAGUAGCAAGUUGACAUGAAAUGAGAAGGAAUGGAUUAGUUACUUAAAGAGCGCAAAUCUGUGAAAAUUUCAUAUGAAGAAAAUGCAGGGUCAGUAUUGUUUUAUUUAAAAUAUUCAUCUUUCAUUUUAAUGUGUUAUAGAAGUGAAGAAUGGCCGUGUUUGCAAUUUUGUUACCUGGACAUAACUCAUCAACUAAUGCGCUGUAUUUUUCUUUGUCAUUAUCUGAAGACACAAGGUUGUUUUCUCAUGGACACUGAAAUUAAUUUUUCAGAUUACUAUUACUUUGAAUAUUAAUUUCAAGGGUACUGUGGCCUCUCCAUGCGCAUGUGAUUGUAAUGGGGAUGGACCAACAUGCAACCAUAACAGACUGAAGCAGCUACCGGUAGUUUUUCGGUUUUCAUUUUUAACUAGUUCUUUUUUUUCCCCCAUCAAAAUGUGACUUAUUUAUAGUCAAGUUCAUAUGGUACACAUUUUAUACUUUCACUCUCUGGAUCUUCGUGUAUGCUCGUGAUGGCUAUCUCUGAUGAAAUUCACCUUUUUCACCGUGACGUCAGCCAAGUUCUGUUUUUGAAGUGUAGAAAGCAUAGAAAACCAUGCAGUGUACACCUCAAAAGAAAGAAGUGUACUGCACGCUUGUUCGACUUUUUGCUCUUUCAUUCAGAGUGAACCAUACAACUGAUACAGUGAGCGUGAACAAAGCAUUUUGCCUCUUUUGCAUUGUGCGUCAUCAAACUCCAAAAAUGUCAAACAAAGUGUGCGGUAAACUUCUUUCUUUUGAAGUGAUGAGCACUCCUGCAUUUACCAGCACCUAGAAACUGUACAUGGAUCUUUGAACUGUGUGGUUAACGUUUAUAUGUCUGUCACCGGAUGCUACUUUUCCUGCUUAAAAUGCAUUGGAUUGAAGCUGUAUGACGUCAUGUGAAAAGGGCUAAUUGGUGUUAGAGAUGAGCCGCUCAUCUAAAGCUGUUACUGUAACUACUUCUGAAACUGUAAGAGGUAAAAGUUGUAAUGAAAUGUCAUUUGGAGGAACUUUUUCUUUCCUUUCUGUCUAUGUGCAAUCAAUGACCUAAAUCUACCACCUAUCAGUAGAAAUCAAGCUUUGUUGUCAGGAGUUACCAAAGCAACCAGUUUGUGCUGCGGCAAGAGGCUUUAGAAUGAAUUUUAAGCACGGUUGUUCUUGGCUUUCCUAGAGACUGACUGUAAAUAUCUGGUCUAUUAAUGUUUUGUGUUGUCAUGUUUUACCCUAAUUAUAAGCUGCACAGUGAACACUUUAUUAACAGUUUCUCUGACGGAUUACUUUGAACUCUGUUUAGUUUUUAACCAUUUACCUGAGGAGGUAGUUCUCAAAACAACACCCACACAUCGGUUACAAUAUAACAGCAUUUAAUGAAGCCAAUUCCUGAAAUGACAUGAAGAACCAUUUGUUGUUACAAAUAAUAAACAAAUCUCAAGACA